AUGUUCAGACGUUGGAGGAGCUGAGCCUGAGUGUCCUGAGUCGUCUCGAGGAGGUGGUGAAGGAGCAGCAGCGCUGGAGGGAAAUCGCGGAGGCCAACUUCCAACUGCUUCGAGACCUUGCUUUUCAAGAGUGGCUGUGCUCCCAGAGCCUGGAGCACUACUACCACACACUGCAGGCAUUGGGGUGUUUGAACCUGGACGAUCUGGCCCAGUUUGACAGUCAGCUGCAGCUGUCUCUGGCAGCCUGGGGAUACUACUACGAGGACUACAUCCGCUUGUCCAGGGGGGUCAAAGUCCUACAGGCUUCCCGGGGGAGCCGAGACCAGGACUACGAGAUCCGGCUGGUGCACAGCCUCGCCAAACGACGUCUGAAUGAAAAGUGGUCAUUCGCAGGUGCACUCAUAUUUGGCUGUACUGUGGCACUGUGCUUCCUGAUAAAGGACCUCAUGUUUUACGUGAUUGGUGGAAUUACUGUUUCCAUCAUAGCGUUUGUCUUCACCAUCAAGUUCCUCUGUGAGCUCGCGGCGCGGGUUGUCAGCUUCCUGCAGAAUGAGGACCCGGGGCGACGCGGGGACCGCAGCAUCUACGACUAUGUGCGGGGCAACUACCUGGACCCGCGCUCCUGCAAGGUGUCGUGGGACUGGAAAGACCCCCAGGAAGUGGGACAGACGAUGAGCUUCAGAGUGCACCUGUUCUACAAGAACGGCCAGCCCUUCCCGGCCCACCGGCCCGUGGGCCUGAGGGUCAACAUCACCCACAUCGAGCUGGCCCUGGACAUCCCCGUCACCCAGGAGGUGCUGCAGGAACCCGAGUCCAACGUGGUCAAGGUGGCCUUCACCGUGCGCAAGGCCGGCCGCUACGAGGUGGCGGUGAAGCUGGGGGGGCUCAAUGUGGCCUACAGCCCCUACUACAAGAUAUUCCAGCCAGGCACUGUGGUCCCUUCCAAAACCAAGAUAGCCUACCACUUUUCAACACUGGUGCUCGUCAACGGCCAGCAGCACACCCUGCAGAUCGAGCCCAGGGACGAGUACGGCAACCCCACCAGUAACUCCACCUCUCUGGUGGACGAGGUCAACUACAGCGUCCACAUCCACUCCCUGGGCACGGUGGAGGACGACAGCCCGGAGGAGUACUACAGCAAGUCGGUGUCGUCCAACAAGCAGCAGUGUCAGGUGCUGCUGAAGCUCACCCUGAGGAGAAAGGGCUGCUUCCGAGCCCGCCUCUCCUACAUGCAGCAGCCCCUCAGCAACGGGGAGUUCGACAUUAUUGUUCUCAGUGAGAAUGAGAAGAACUGUGUGGAGAAGAACGUGUCCACGCCGGGCAUCAGCAUCUACUUUGAGACGUACCUCUACAGCAGCGGCAACUACAGCAGCUCCUCCUGGCAGCCGCCCUCCUCGUCCCUGCUGGCCCCCCAGCGGAGGCCCUCCAUGGGGGACGAGGAGGAGGAGCACGACUCCCCGGUGGAGGGCCAGCCCGAGAAGGUCAAGAAGCCAAAAAAGGUCUACUGUUACAUAUCGCCAAAGCAACUAUCCGUGAAGGAGUUCUACCUGAAAAUAAUUCCAUGGCGCCUUUUCACCUUCAGAGUGUGUCCAGGACGAAGGUGAUUCUCCUACCACGGGCCGGACCCGGUCCACAAGUACCUGACGCUUGUGGUGGACGACGGCAUCCAGCCCCCCCUUGAGCUCAGCUGCAAAGACCGCAACAUCAUGGCCGCCACCUUCAUCCGCUUCCUGCAUAAGAACAUCGGGGGCUCGGAAACGUUCCAGGAUAAGGUCAACUUUUUCCAGAGGGAACUCCGGCACAUUCAUUCCAAGAGACCUCGCACCAAAACCUGCCUCAAGAUCACACGCCACACCAUCUUGGACUCAUCGCUGAAGGCCACCAGAAACUUCUCUGUGUCGGAUUGGAGCAAGAACUUUGAGGUGGUGUUCCAGGACGAGGAAGCUCUGGACUGGGGCGGGCCUCGCCGCGAGUGGUUCGAGCUGAUCUGUAAAACGCUGUUCGACACGUCCAACCAGCUCUUCACACGCUUCAGCGACGGCAACCAGGGCCUGGUGCACCCAAACGCCGACCGGCCGGCCCACCUGCGCCUGAAGGUGUACGAGUUUGCGGGACGUGUGGUGGGGAAGUGCCUGUACGAGUCUGCGCUGGGCGGGGCCUACAAGCAGCUGGUCCGCGCUCGCUUCACACGCUCCUUCCUGGCCCAGGUCAUCGGCCUGAGGAUGAACUACAAGUACUUGAGAGACGACCAGGAGUUCUACAAGACCAAAGUGUGCUUUAUCCUCAACAACGACGUGAGCGAGAUGGACCUGGUGUUCGCCGAGGAAAAGUACAGCAAGGCCGGCCACCUGCACCAGGUGGUGGAGCUGAUCUCGGGCGGGGCACAGAUAGCCGUGAACAACGAGAACAAAGUGCACUACCUCAACCUGCUGGCCCAGUACCGGCUGGCCAGCCAGGUCAGGGAGGAGGUGGAGCACUUCCUCAAAGGAAACUUGCUGGCUAUAUUCGAUGAGAAUGAGCUGGAGCUGCUGAUGUGUGGCACUGGAGACAUCAACGUGCAGGACUUCAAAGCCCACGCCGUCAUCGUCGGAGUCUGGCACUUCAGAGAGAAGGUACGGGGGAAACUAGGACGCUCGCCGCUGAUGAAGUGGUUCUGGGCGGUGGUCUCCAGCUUCACCAGGGAGGCUGCUCGCCUGCUGCAGUUCACCACCGGCUCCUCCCAGCUGCCCCCCGGAGGCUUCAACACCGUCUGCCCCUCCUUCCAGAUCAUGCGCCGCCCCACCCACGCAGCACCCUGCCACCGCACACACCUGGUGACUUUCAACCAGCUGUGUCUCCCCACCUAUGACUCCUACGAGGAGCUGCACAAGAUGCUGAAGCUGGCCAUCAGCAGGGCAGCGAGGGGCUUUGGUAUGCUAUAGAGGAGUCCUCCUCGCCCCUCCCCGUCUCCUCCUCCCCCACCACCGUAUCACCUUGUGUUGGAACUAAUACAACACAUGACAGGAGAUCACCUGAGACACACACACACACACACACACACACACACACACACACACACACACACACACACACACACACACACACACACACUCGCACUCGCACUCGCACACACUCUCACACACUUGGACAACUUCCGGGAGAAUGGCGAUGGAGUGUCCGUGCUUCGAUACAUUUAAUGCUGUGUGUACAUAUAUAUACACACUUACCAAGAUGCUGAACUUAAGAGGGGGGGGGGGGGG